AUGGCGACCAAUCUUUCCCGAGGCGACCCUGCCGCCCCUUCCAAGGAGAGCGGCAAGGUUGAGAUUAGCAAUCUCAUGUCGCCCCCUGACAACCUGCUUGACACCUUCAACCAGAGCCAUGGCCCUGGACAGUCAAAGAUGCUCUCUGCCAUGGCCACUGUCGUCGGCUCCAUGCCACCCAGCGGCGGGCUCUCCUCUGACAAACACCCGCUGCCCAUGUCGCCUCCGAUCUCACCCUACAACAAGCAUGUCUCCAGCAGCGCCUCGCCCAGCACGCCGCCCGGCCAGGCCAUUCAGGAUCCCGUUCUCUACCCCGUCGACGAGGCUUCGCCGUCCAGCCCGCCUCAGGCGCCUCUGUUUGCACCCGCCGAGAUUGAGCACCACAAGCGCAUCGUGGACGAGCAUGUCCGCGCUCGCCAGUCGUCCACAAUCAUCUUCACCAAGGUGUCGCCGCCCCUGCGGGAGGACUACGAGCUGGCCUUGACCUUCCGCUCGCAGGUCAUGAAGCACUUCACCAGCGACCGCCGCGGAUGGCUACUCAAGGAGCGUGCCCUGCUCGUGGCGGACCGACAGGCGGGAGCCGGAGCCCAGCGCUUCCCAACUAUCCUGCCGGCCAAGCCGAUUGCAGCCAAGCCGGCCCGAUCGCAGCGCACCGAUCGCGUCUCUAAGCCACAGGCCACGGCUCCCCGCCCCAUCCGCUCCGGCGCGGGUCCCUCGGUCGUGGUUCGACCCGCCGCUGGCCGCCGCCCAAGCGCCACGCCCGAGCCAUCCCGCCGGAUCGUGGCCCCUAACCGCGAGGACAAGGACUUCAACGCCCUUCCCGACUACUGCCCGCCUCUCAGCUCCCUCCCCAGCCGGGCAAACAGCCUCAAGGUUGACUGGAAAGGUCAACCCAUCGACCUGUCCAACGACCCGUACCACGACUUGCUUCACCCUGACGAAAUCAUCCUCGCCGGCAAUCUGCGCCUGGACUGCGCCACCUAUCUCACCAGCAAGCGUCGCAUGUUCGAGCGCCGCCUCCAGUGCCUCCGGACUGGCAAGGAGUUCCGCAAGACCGACGCUCAGCAGGCUUGCAAGAUUGACGUCAACAAGGCCUCGAAGCUCUGGACUGCCUUUGACAAGGUGGGCUGGCUCAACGCCGACUGGGUUCGACGCUUCUUGUAA